AUGUCUCCUAGGCAGUGGGGAUUUGAAAGCAUCAUUAAGGGUAUGCUUUCAGCAUUAUCACUUCUCUUAAUGCAACCAUCUCUUUCUAGAAUUCGGCAGUUCGAACCCAUUCAGCCUCCUUCUAAACUCGAUUUUGACGACGUUGACAACGCAAAUCCAACGUCAAUGAUGUGGAGCAUUAGUAAUGAUAUUGCUCCAUCGACUAAUUCUAAAUUUUUCGCGAUUACUUUAGACACCACUGGGAGUGGAACCUUAACAAAUCACGAUUCCGUCAAUAAUUCGAUGUCUCUUAUGACUCCCAAGCGAAUGGAGAACUCAACUAAUCCUCUCAUAAUUCCUCAAUGGGGCAAAAUGGCUGCCGCUGAUGGUGUCCAAUCUGGUCGAAUGGGACGUACUCUGCAGCAAAAUCAUUAA